AUGGUAUCAAUUCUCAGCAAACAUCAUACAAACGAUCCUGAGGGUCUAGAUCAAGAUCACACUCUUCGUCAGAAACCAUGGAUGCUCCACCGUACAGCCUGGUCGGAAAUCACCAACCACCCAUAUGAUGGACAAGGUACAGAAGAAUCACCAUACGUCGUGACUUGGGUGCCGGAUGAUCCAGCGAGGUCAUUCAAAGAUAGAGAGAACCCUAUGACGUUCAAGUUUUAUUACAAAUGGAUUGCGACGUUGAUCGCUGCUUUCGGUACAUUGGGAGUUACCAUCUCCAGUUCGAUGCUCUCCGCUGCUAUUUGGGAUAUCAGGUUAGAGUUCCCAGGUUAUAGCAACCAAAUUUACAUUAUGGUGACUUCUGCCUUCCUCAUCGGAUUUGUCAUUGGACCUCUCUUGUGGGCUCCCGGAUCUGAAGUGUAUGGGCGAAGAUGGAUGUUCAUCGUCACCUACAUCCCAUUCACCAUCUUCAACGCAGCCUGUUGUGGGGCCAAGAACAUGGCUGCGUUGAUCGUACUAAGAACUAUAGCGGGGAUAUUUGGUAGUAGUGCAACGGUCAACUCUGGUGGUACCAUCGCGGAUAUGUUUCCUGCUCAUCAGAGAGGUCUUGCUAUGGGUAUAUUCGCCGCAGCUCCGUUUUUAGGUCCAGCAAUAGGUCCAGUAGCUGGCGGGUUCCUCUCCGAAGCAUCAGGAUGGAAGUGGGUCGCUGCCCUCAUAGCAUUCCUCUCUCUCGCCUUAUGCGCUCUCAACGUCAUCUUCCUCCCUGAGACCUACGCUCCAUACUUGCUCCGUCGAAGGGCUCAGCGUCUCACCAAGUAUACCGGAAAAGUGUACAAGACCCAGCAAGACGUUACCGCACCACUCAACAAGGUAAAGUUGAUCACGAAUCAAUUGAAGGUCCCAUGGAUACUGAUGUUCAAGGAGCCUAUCGUAUUUUUGAUGACCAUUUACAUGUCUAUCAUUUAUGCUAUUCUCUAUAUGCAAUUUACAUCCUUCCCACUUAUAUUUCAACAAGCCCGGGGGUGGUCACCUGGUAUCGCCGGGUUAGCUUUCGUCGGAAUCACUGUCGGGUCAUUUAUCGGUUUGGGCUAUAUAAUCUUUUACGAAAAUCCGAGAUACUCCAAAUUGAUUCAUGCCAGAGGUGGUUAUCUUCCUCCUGAAAGUAGAUUAACCGCUGUUAUGCUUGGAUCUGUUGUAUUCCCGAUCGGUUUAUUCUGGUUCGCAUGGACUGGUAUUCCAAUAACGAUACAUUGGAUAGUACCUGUCCUUGCAACAGUACUCAUAGGAAUGGGUAUCGUACUGGUAUUCCUCGGUUUGAUGAACUACCUCGUGGACGCCUAUUUACAAUACGCUGCAUCCGUUCUCGCUGGGAAUGCAGUCGUGCGUUCGAUGUUCGGUGUCGUCCUGCCUUUGUUCACUGUCAAUAUAUAUAAUUCACUUGGUAUCCGAUGGGCUGGAUCCCUCAUGGGUUUCCUCGCAUUAGCUUUCCUUCCUGCUCCAUUCAUAUUCUAUUUCUACGGUUCACGAAUUCGAAGGAUGAGUAAAGCUGCCAGAGAGGCAGAUGAUCUAGGUCAGAUGAUGGCCAAGAAGAAGCUAGAAAUGAUGGCGUUGCAGAAGAGCCCCAAAACGGAACAAAUGUCGAACGCUGGAGUAAGCAGUGAUAGUCCGAACGUGCAAGAGACCUCGAUGGAAGUGCAAGAGAACGAAAGUGAAGCUCAGACUGUAGUAGAGGAGAACGAUGGAUCAGCUCGUCGGGCGGAGCAAUAG